AGAAGAAGAAGAAGAAGAAACAGCAGCAGCAGCAGGAAAGCUCCUGAACUGAACUGCUAAAAGGUAGAGUCUACGUGCUCUGAGAAGGUCUACACAAUGGAGUUAGUUGCUCUCACUGGUGUGAAGCUGCAGGCUCUGCUCUGCUCUGCUCUCCUCCACCACCUCCUCCUCUUCACCACCACAGUCCACUCUGCGGAGGAAAACCUGCCAAACUCCCAGUGUCACAACUACGCGGGAGGACACGUCUAUCCCGGAGAGGCUUUCCGUGUCCCGGUGUCUGACCAUUCACUGCACCUCAGCAAAGCCAAGAUUUCAAAGCCAGCACCACACUGGGAAGGAACCGCUGUCAUCAACGGCGAAUUCAAGGAGGUGAAGAUAUCGGACUAUAAGGGAAAAUAUCUUGUCUUCUUCUUCUAUCCUCUGGAUUUCACAUUUGUCUGCCCCACUGAGAUCAUCGCGUUCAGUGAUCGUGUGCAUGAGUUUCGCGCCAUCAACACAGAAGUGGUUGCCUGCUCCGUCGACUCCCAGUUCACCCACCUGGCCUGGAUUAAUACGCCCAGGAAGCAGGGAGGACUUGGAGAAAUGAAAAUCCCUCUGUUGUCCGACCUCACUCAUCAGAUUUCAAAAGAUUACGGCGUUUACCUGGAGGACCAGGGACACACACUGAGGGGACUCUUCAUCAUCGAUGACAAAGGCAUCCUGAGGCAGAUCACUAUGAAUGACCUUCCAGUAGGAAGGUCUGUCGAUGAGACACUGCGACUGGUGCAGGCCUUCCAGUACACUGACAAACACGGAGAAGUGUGUCCAGCAGGAUGGAAGCCAGGCAGCGAUACAAUCAUUCCAGACCCUUCCGGCAAGCUGAAGUAUUUUGAUAAGCUGUAAACUCCACCACUAAGUGAUGGUUCAAAUAAAAUGUGUUUUUGUAAAAAAAAACAAACAAAAAG